AUGAAUCACUUCCAGACCAUCCUGAGUCAGGUCCGGAUGCUGCUCUCCAGCCAUCGGCCGAGCCAAGUGCAGGCGCUUCUGGACAACCUGCUGGCAGAGGAUCUUCUCUCCAGGGAGUACCACUAUGCCCUGCUCCAUGAGCCUGAUGGUGAGGCUCUGGCCAGGAAGAUCUCCUUGACCCUGAUGGAGAAAGGAGACCCAGACUUGGCCCCCUUGAGGUGGAUCUGGAGUGGGCUGCAGGCUCCGGAAGCCGAGAGGGACUCCGGCUACAAGGACCCUGGGGACAACAGCGACCUGAUCGCGUGCACGGUGAUCACCAAGGAUGGCAGCAUGCUCCAGCGCUUCCUGGCUGUCGACAUUUACCAGAUGAGUUUGGUGGAGCCUGACGUGUCCAGGCUGGGCUGGGGAGUGGUCAAGUUCGCAGGCCUUCUGCAGGAUAUGCAGGUGACUGGCGUGGAGGACGACAGCCGUGCCCUGAAUAUCACCAUCCACAAGCCUGCAUCCAGCCCCCAUUCCAAGCCCUUCCCCAUCCUGCAGGCCACCUUCGUCUUCUCGGACCACAUCCGCUGCAUCAUCGCCAAGCAGCGCCUGGCCAAGGGCCGCAUCCAGGCAAGACGCAUGAAGAUGCAGAGAAUAGCUGCCCUCCUGGACCUCCCGAUCCAGCCUACAACUGAAGUUCUGGGGUUUGGUCUCAGCUCGUCUUCCACCCAGCACCUGCCUUUCCGCUUCUACGACCAGUGCCGCCGGGGCAGCAGCGACCCCACGGUACAGCGCUCUGUGUUCGCGUCGGUGGACAAGGUGCCAGGCUUCGCCGUGGCCCAGUGCAUGAACCAGCACAGCUCGUCCUCCCUGUCCUCGCCGUCGCCGUCUGCCAGCGGGAGCCCCAGCGUUAGUGGGAGCGCCAGCCACUGCGACUCGGGGGGCGCCCGCUCGUCGUCCAGCCCCUCGGCCGCCCAGAGCCCUGCAGAUGACCCCAUGACUGUGGAACAGCUUCAGCCUAACCUUCCUGACCAGUUGGUGAUCGUCAGUGAAACAGAAGCAGAGGCCAGGCCCAGCAAGAGCCUGGCGAGGAGCGCAGACGUGGAGACAGUCAACCUGUGCCCCAGCCUCAUCCCCGCCCAGCAGCCCACCAUCUCCCUGCUCUGCGAGGACACUGCCGACACGCUGAGCGUGGAGUCCCUGACCCUCAUCCCGCCCGUCGACCCCCAUAGCCUCCGCACCCUCACCGGCAUCCCCCCGCCACCCACACCAGCCACAGCAGGUACAGGGACCCCGGGCGAGGGGGCUGCGCAGCCAGAGCCAGCGGGCCCCGCCGAGCACUGAGUUGACCUCCCUUCAUGCGUGCGGCCCCGCUGGCAGGGACCCGGAGCAGCUGACACAACAGACAUCUCGGGAGCAUCCAAAGUUCUCCUCGGCCCCGGUAACCGCCUCGAACCAUCCUUGCAGUCCUUUGCUCCGUUUGAAUUCCCCUUUUACUUCACACCUCUUUGAGAGCAGGCUGGGACCAGUGGCGACACCCCAGCGAACCCAGAUGACUGAGGCAGAGGAGAUUGGGCUGGUGUCAGAGCCCACGGCCCCAGGGCAGCAGGACCCACCGACAACACUUCCUUCAUCAGCCAGCCCCUCCCCAGUCUCAAAGGUCCUCUGCCCCCGUCCCCAGUGAGCACAGAAGAAGCAGACGUGGUCACUUUGUGUAGAAAUUUGUAGAAAAGCAAACUUCGAUAAACAUCUCCUUUGGAUAUUCUGCUUCUGGCAGCAGAUGAAAACAUCUAUUUAAAAAGUUCAAAAAAAAAAAUCCUCCACCCUAAGGUUUGAUGUCAUGUUAGAAGUGUAAUAUUACUGUUGAGAUUUCAUUUUCAUUUUGCCUUGAACUUCCCAGCGUUUGGGGUUUAGAGUUCUCAGUCUGGCUUUCUCCAUUGUCUUAAGGGAUUCUCAUUUCUUUAUUACUCACUAACUCUGCAAGCCUGUGGAAUGAUAAAAGUCCCUUCCUGGAAAGGUUAGAGUAUUUUUUAAGCAAAAAUAAGGGAGAGACUCGUAUUCUCAGGUACACACAGAGCUGGGAGGGCCGAAAGUUUCUCUGCCGUGGCAGCCCAGGGACCUUGCGUCACCCAGAAGAUCUUUCCAUGAAGGGGAUAGUGCGGUCAGCUCCCCGCUCAGGACCAUUCCUCGUCUCUCCGGACUGAAGCCAAACAGGACGGUUUUCCGGCAUCACCUUCGGUUGUCGCCAUCUCUCUGUUUGUCUAAGAAAGAAUGAUUUGGGACUGCAGACACUGCAGCCCCCGUGGCCGUGAUGGAAAGAAAAGGCCAUGGAAACCGUCCCACGAGUCCGUCGCCCGCUGCUCAGUGGUGUGGGUGCCCGCAUGCAGGGACAUCCCGAGGGCCAGCCCCCGCCCAGCUGCAAGGGCGUGACGUCCGAGCUCACAGGGCCGUCCUAGGAGCUCGGGGUUUGUUCCUCUCAGCUGCUGCUGUAAAGAUGCAAGCUCGUUUUUAAAAUGGAAACCCCCAGUUCCUUCUCCAUUUGGGCUGGGUGUGUGCAGGCCAGGUCUCUGCUCUAUCCGAUAAAGCUCCCAAGAUGUUCUUUCUACUCAGCCAGGCAAGGCCAAGCGACCCUCACCUCUCUGGUUGAUGCUCAGACCUUCCAAAACUUGCCUCCGCGUGUCCCACAGGAGUGCCAGCACCCGUGGUGUCAGUGUUGGCCGGUCCGGGUUACCAGGUGGCCUCAGGAAAUGCUCCACACGCUUACCUCUUAGAGGACCCGGUCCCCAGUACCUCCCCCAAUCUGCUGUCAGGCAGGGCCUGCCCGGGCCAGACUUCAGCCUCCUGAAGGAAACACACUGGUCCCCUGAGGAAGGGGAGUGGCGCCUACGGGACAGAUCUCUCCAGCCUUAAGAAGCCCUCCAGGCAGGUGAGCCCAGCCAGCACCAACAGGGGAAAGACCCAGCUCAGAAAGGCAGCCAUUUAGGCAGAAAUGCCAGGGGCCCCAGCAAGGAGGGACAAGCCAUGACCUUCAGGAGAGCCCCCUGGAAAGGACAAUGGAAAGAGGGAGAAAAUCCAUGUUGUCAGGGACAGGGGCCCCACUGGUUCUCCUGCCAGGAUACAGGGGCAGGCUAGCCCCAGGGCCACUCACUGCCGGUUUUGAAACGAUUCUGGAGCAGCAGAAAUGAGAGAAGGCCAGUGACCUCCCGGCCGGUGGCAUUAUCGUGAGGAACAAGCCGAGGCAUGUGGACCCUGCCCUGGGACCACCAGCCUGCCGUCUGAAAUCCAGUGGCUCCAGGUGGCUUCAAGCUCUACAGGAGGAAAGUCUUGGCCGGGGGACAGCAUGCCCAGGAGGACCCACAGCAGUAUCACCCAGGCAGGAGAGCUGAACGCAGCCCAGCCUCCAUGGGCUCUUGAAUAGCAGGUGCGAUCAGGCCAAGCUUCUGCCCCACGUCUGGCCCAAGGGCAGGCCUCUCCCCGGGUGGGCUCGAGGGGUUGGUUGUGGGCAGCCCACAGCCGGCUGGCAGCCAGGUCUCCACCGUCUUGGCAGCAGUGGCACAGCUAUGUCUUCAGGAGCCCCCAGAAAAUCUAACAGUGGGGGCACCUCCAGAGGGGCCCGUCCAGACAGCAGGUGCUGGGACUCUGGGGCAGAGAGGUAGAGCCAGGAAUCCUUGGUGAGCCUGGGGCAGGGGCCAUGGCCUGUGACACGCGAGUACCAGACUCGGAUCUCUGGGAUCGGCCUCAGCAGGCCCAUCCAGCCCGCCAUCUCCAUGUCCCUGCAGAGACCCUCCCCAAGUCCACAUCGGGCCCACUUGGGUUUGCCAAGUCAGGGGCGGGGCUGGCCACAUGAACCCCCAAACGUCAGCUUUGAAAGUUGCUGGGGAGAAGCACAUGUCCUUUCCAGUUUGGAACUUGAGCCAGCGAGGGCGCCUCUCAAAGUCAGACAUGUACGUGCCCCCCACCCCCCGGGGGGCGGGUGGGAGGGAUUGUCCUCCUGCCACCAGCAGGCCCUCUGUGCUGCCCUUCCCCCAUCAAGCCUGCCCUGCUUGCUGCUCUCUGCAGAAGGCAGCUCCCACCCAAGCACCUGCACUGCGACCCGGGGGUGAGUGAGGAAACGCACCUCUUUACAGGCAUACACCAAGAUUUCUCUAAGGUCUCGAUGCACUGUUCAAAAAGGCACAGGGUGAACCAGUUCUCAUCUUCUUUUCUAGAUGCAAUAAAUAAGAAAUAUUUAAUGUAAUCAUGAUGACAUUGGGCAUAAACUGUAAGGGUUCCUUAAGUUCCUCUGAGUUGAAAAUAUGUAAAUAAUUCUUGUCCCAAGAAGGAGCAGGGCUGGGAAACCUCAUGCUUCUGGGCUACGGGACUGUUCCAGGGAAGUACCUGCUCUCGCCAGCAUGACUCAUGUUUCGCGGGUACUGAACACGAGGGUGGAAAUGAAAACUGGAACUUCCUUGUAAAUCUGAACUUGGCAAUAAAAGAGAAAAAGUUACCAAGAAUGUGGCUGCUGCU